UACUAAACAGGUGUUCUACUCCGCUAGCCAGCACCUCUCCUAAACAGGUGUUCUACUGUUUAUCAGCUGUGCUUCUACAUACAGUAUGUUGUCUGUAUCCUGUUUAUCAGCUCUGCUUCUACAUACAGUAUGUUGUCUGUAUAUCAGGUUUAUCUUCUGGCUGGAAAUUCUGUUUAUUGUGGCAGCACCAUUUUCACCAAGUCAAAUUCCUUUAUAUACAAAAUGUAUUACGCGAUUAAAGGUGAUUCUGAUCUUCUACAUUUUACAGGGCAGGACUCUUAUUUUGAAAGAUUUAAAAUCCCACGAAUCGCUUUAUCUUGUUUGCAUAACACAGCUGGAAAGAAGGAUGGCGGAUGCUGGAAAUAAAGAGUCAGCGCCGAUUGGAGGAGAUGAAUUUACCAACACAGAGUUGGAGAAUAACAAGAAUAACACGAUGGUGGAGGAAGGAUCCACUCUGCUGCGGAGAAUGGAGAUCAGUGUGGCCGAGGCAGAGAAAAGAACUGGGAAAAAUACAGUGAACAUGCAAGAGAUAUUCACAGUGUACCUCAUAGAAACUCGACCCAUAGAUGCAAUAACAGAAGGCCAUAACCCAGCCCCAGACUCUCUCUGGAGGAGAUACAGUGAAUUUGAGAUCCUCCGGAACUAUUUGUUAGUCACCUAUCCAUUUAUCGUGGUGCCGCCUUUGCCAGAGAAGAGGGCAGAGUUUGUUUGGCACAAGCUGUCUGCAGACAACAUGGACCCAGACUUUGUAGAGAGGCGCAGGGUUGGUCUGGAGAACUUUCUACUUCGCGUGGCCUCCCAUUCGGUUCUGUCCAAUGACAAAAUCCUAUACCACUUCCUGACUGAGGAACACAGGUGGAAGGAGGUGGUGCAUGAGACAGGGUUCCAAGCCAAGGCAGACUCCAGGAUUAAAGCUCUGAGCGCAACUUUCAGGGUGAAGAACCCUGACAAGCGGUUCACAGAGAUGAAACUCUACAGCGAUGAGCUUCAGUCUCUCACCUCCCAGCUGCUCAGAGUCAGAGCAAGAGUAGCAGACAGGCUCUACGGCGUAUACAAAGUCCAUGGGAACUACGGAAGAGUAUUCAGUGAGUGGAGUGCCUUAGAGAAGGAGAUGGGAGAUGGUCUACAGAGUGCAGGACACCAUAUGGAUGCCUAUGCUGCCUCAGUAGAUGAUAUGUUGGAGGAAGAGGAGCACUACGCAGACCAACUGAAGGAAUACCUUUUCUAUGCUGAAGCCUUAAGGGCUGUGUGUAGGAAACACGAGCUGACCCAGUAUGAGCUGGAGACGGCCUCCUCAGACCUCAUCUCCAAGAAGCAGCAACGGGAGGAGCUGGCCACUGGGAUGGUACGGACGUUCUCCUUCAAAGGAAUGACGAACAAGCUGUUUGGUCAGGAGACACCAGAGCAGAGGGAGGCUAAACUCAGCCUACUAGAGGAGCAGAUCGUCCAGGGAGAGGAGACGGUCACAGAGAAAACAGUGGAGUGCGAGGAGUACGUGAAGGGUGCGUGGGUGGACAUGCAGCGCUUCAAGGAGCAGAAGGACAGGGAUCUGAGGGAGGCUCUGAUUGGCUACGCCGUCAUGCAGAUCAGUAUGUGUAAGAAGGGCAUUCAAGUGUGGACCAAUGCUAAGGAUUGUUUCCACAAGAUGUAAGGGGGUCGGGCCGCGGGUCAGCGACGACGUCUAUGGUACGAGUGUACAACAACUUCACCUUUUGACCUUCACAUGGAAACAGAACCACUGUUGUCAUGGCAACAAGCCCCAGCUGACAUAAAGUUACAGGGCUGUGUCUCAGUGCUCAGUCCAAUACUGGCUGUGUCUCAGUGCUCAGUCCAAUACUGGCUGCAUCUCAGUACUCAGUCCAAUACUGGCUGCAUCUCAGUACUCAGUCCAAUACUGGCUGCAUCUCAGUACUCAGUCCAAUACUGGCUGAGUCUCAGUACUCAGUCCAAUACUGGCUGCAUCUCAGUACUCAGUCCAAUACUGGCUACAUCUCAGUACUCAGUCCAAUACUGGCUGCGCUCCAGAUAAAGUGGGGAGGUAAUGAAGCCUUUCAAGACAUGAGAUGCAGCCCGGGACUAUAUUUUGUAAUGAGAUAUAAGGCACAAACAUAUCCCCUUGUGUUGGUUUAUUAAGAGAAUGUGUGUGUAGUAUCAGCAGGAUAAAGGUUGUUUAUUAAGAGAACAUGUGUGUAGUAUCAGCAGGAUAAUGGUUGUUUAUUAAGAGAACAUGUGUGUAGUAUCAGCAGGAUAAUGGUUGUUUAUUAAUAAGAGAACGUGUGUGUAGUAUCAGCAGGAUAAUGGUUGUUUAUUAAGAGAACGUGUGUAGUAUCAGCAGGAUAAUGGUUGUUUAUUAAGAGAACGUGUGUAGUAUCAGCAGGAUAAUGGUUGUAUGGUGAGAGAACGUGUAUAGUAUCAGCAGGAUAAAGGUUGUAUGGUGAGAGAUCGUGUGUAGUAUCAGCAGGAUAAUGGUUGUAUGGUGAGAGAACGUGUGUAGUAUCAGCAGGAUAAUGGUUGUAUGGUGAGAGAACGUGUGUAGUAUCAGCAGGAUAAAGGUUGUAUGGUGAGAGAACGUGUGUAGUAUCAGCAGGAUAAUGGUUGUAUGGUGAGAGAACGUGUGUAGUAUCAGCAGGAUAAAGGUUGUAUGGUGAGAGAACGUGUGUAGUAUCAGCAGGAUAAUGGUUGUUUAUUAAGAGAACGUGUGUAGUAUCAGCAGGAUAAUGGUUGUUUAUUAAGAGAACAUGUGUAGUAUCAGCAGGAUAAUGGUUGUUUAUUAAGAGAACAUGUGUAGUAUCAGCAGGAUAAUGGUUGUUUAUUAAGAGAACAUGUGUAGUAUCAGCAGGAUAAUGGUUGUUUAUUAAGAGAACGUGUGUAGUAUCAGCAGGAUAAUGGUUGUUUAUUAAGAGAACGUGUAGUAUCAGCAGGAUAAUGGUUGUAUGGUGAGAGAACGUGUGUAGUAUCAGCAGGAUAAAGGUUGUAUGGUGAGAGUGUAGCACAUGGGGGAUGUGGGAAACUUACUCCUCAGCCUGAAGUGUCACCACUUGUGCAGCCGAGUUGUUAACGCUUCGAUGGCGCCGAUUGGUAAGACGCUUCGGGAGGGCGGGCACGUGUGCUAGCGAAGCAGAUGUCCUGGGUUCGAGUGUCCGUGUGAGCCCGAUCAGGAGGAAGCGGUACUCGCUAAGUAAGCAGCGUGACGUCACUUAUCAGAAUGCUGCUGUUACCUUGGUUUACCUCUAUGAACUGAACUGGAAAAGAAACUGAAUCAACUGUCAAAGGACUUCAGGCCUUUUCUCUGCUUAAAGCACAUGAUAUCAUAAUGUCUGGUAUGUGAAUAUUGAAUAAGAUAUUAUUUCAGAAAAUGUCAAGGUACAUGUAUAUAAGAAUAUUAUAUACUUUGACGUGUCCAUCUAUUUAAAUAUAUUAACAACAGUGAACACUAACCUGGUGUUUGUUGGUUGAAGCCAAAAUAUUAACUUACUAAUUUAAUCAUGGUUUCUCAAAGAAAACAUCCUAUUUCUACAUUGUGACUCGCAGUAACAAUGUGAUUUAAGGUCAGAUUUGAUCAUCAUUCGUGUACAUUCUUAUCCAAGUUGAACUGAGAUAACAGUCAUUCUGCAUUGUAUAUUCAGCUUUAUGGUUUUAAUAAAAAAUAUUGUCUUCUA